AUGACAAUAGAAAAUUCAUAUCUUGAAGCAGUCAACCAAGAAUUGCUUGUAAACAAACGUAAAUUUAAAUUAGUAACAAAUUCAAGUAAGUUAAUGAUGAAGUUGAAAGUUUUAAAAACACUUUUGGGUUUGGUACCAAAAAAAUAUGCUGCCAUCGACAUAGACUUUAUUUUGCAACGUAGUUUCCUUUGUACACUUUCUUAUGGAGAUUCACAAAAGGGUGAAGGUAACAUUGCUACUGUGUAG